GGCACCGGCACCGGGGGACGCGGGGCCCGCACCCGCCGCGCCUCCCCGGGGCCAUGAAGGUGAAGGUGAUCUCCGUGCUGGAGGACAACUACAUGUACCUGGUGAUCGAGGAGAGCACCCGCGACGCUGUGGCCGUGGACGCGGCCGUCCCCAAAAGGCUGCUGGAGAUCAUCAGGAAGGAGGACGUGGUGCUCAGGGCCAUCCUCACCACCCACCACCACUGGGACCACGCCAGGGGCAACGAGGAGCUGGCCCAGCUCUUCCCAGGCCUGCAGGUGUUCGGGGCUGACGAGCGCAUCGGGGCCCUCACGCACAAGGUCACCCACGGCCAGGAGCUCUCGUUUGGGGCCAUCAGAGUGCGGUGCCUCUUCACCCCGUGCCACACCUCGGGCCACAUGUGCUACUUCAUGUGGGAGGACGAUUCCCCGGAUGCUCCGGCUCUUUUCUCAGGUGACACCCUGUUCGUGGGGGGCUGCGGGCAGUUCUUCGAGGGGACGGCGGAGCAGAUGCACACCAACCUCACCCAAAUCCUGGGGACCCUGCCCGAGGACACGAAGGUUUUCUGUGGCCAUGAAUGCACCGUCAGAAACCUCAAAUUCGCCUUGAAGGUGGAGCCAGAGAAUGAAAUGGUGAAGGAGAAGCUGGCGUGGGCCAGGCAGCGCGAUGAUGAGGACCUGCCCACGGUGCCCUCCACGCUGCGCGAGGAGUUCCUGUACAACCCCUUCCUGCGGGUCACGGAGGAGCCCGUGCAGAGGUUCACGGGCAGGACGGACCCCGUGGAGGUGCUGAGGGUGCUGCGCUCCGAGAGGGACAACUUCAAGAAGCCCAAGGAGAGGCCCAACCCCCAGGCCAUGCUGGCCUUCGACUGGGGGCUCUUUGGGCCCUUCCUGGAGAAGAAGUGACAUCCCCAGGGCUCCCUCCUGGCUGUGCCCAGCUCGGAUCCGCUCCCUGCUGGGCACUGGAUUUUGUCUUUAACCUGCUUUGUGUGAGGCUGCUCUGCUCUGCUCCGCUCCCCCUCUGGAUCCUGGGAUUCCCUGUGGAGCAGAUCCCUUUGGAGAGCCCGGGCUGUGGGGCUGGGAUGCUGGCAGAGGGUCAGGCCAUGGGGCAGGGGACAGUUUUGGGGUCAGUGCAGGAGCUGCCAGCUGUCCAUGGCCAUGGAAGGGAGGCAGGGAAGGGCAGGGAAAAGCGGGAAUGCGCAGGGAUUGUGCUGCUCCCCUGGUGCAUCCCAAUCCCAGGGUUUGUGUGGUGCUGGCUUUGGAUCCCCAAACUGGGAAGCCACUGGUGGCACCAGUGCCCACCCAGCUCCAGCCCCGUGCUAACAAACUCCUCAUCACAGCAGGGGUUGGGUGGGCUUUCCCCUCUUUUUUCCCCAGUUUUUCCAGUAAGUCCCACAGGGAUUUCUGUAGGGAUUUGUGGCUGCCCUGGGGAGCCCCUUGGACCCCGUGGAGUGUCCAGGUGGAGCCCAGGGUCUGCCCCAGGAGGGAUUUCCCAAGGUGGGACAGAUUUGGGGCAGCCAAGAGGGAAAGUGCUGCCAGGCAUCCCUUGCUUUUUGCUUUUCCCAGGAUAAAAACUGGAGAACACUUGGUGCCAACUCCACGGACAUUGCCUUGCCCUCAGGAGCCCGGGAGCAGCUGGGGCUCCCAGGCCUCCCCAGCCUUCACUUUCUGCAGAACCAGGGCUGUGUUUUAUUUCUUUUUAAGUCUGAGAAAGGAGCAGAGUUUUAUUUGCAGGUGUGGGGAGGCAUUUCACACCACUGAAGUCAUUCCCUUUUUUUUUCCUUGUGGAUAAAAUGAGGGUUUGGUGGCAGCUCCCAGCACUGGGAUGGAGUUGAUUUCAGGGAUUUUCAUGUGUGGACUGUGAAUUUCUUUGUUGCCACUGGAGUCUGGUUUGGGGCUUUUCCCUGUGCUACAAACUGGACCAAGGUUUUCUUUUUUCCUUUUAUUAAUUUAUAGUUUGGAUUUAUUUCCCUGCAUGGAAAGGGAAGGAUUUUUGGUACCAUGGCCUGAAUUCCUCAGUUUCCAUGAAAUGCUGGAGUUGGGGAUGUCCCUUGUGUGUUCCUUUGGGAUUUUAUUGAUCCUGGAAGCAGGGAUGCUCCUGUGUCUGGGACCCAGCCCUGAGGCUGGGACAAAUUCCAGCUGUUCCUGGUGCCAGAAGAGAUCCCAGGGAGUCCUGGGUGGCUUCAGUGACCUCAGAGCGUGGUGGUGACCUGGGAACUGGGGAAGUGACAAAGUGUAGAGCCCUGAUUAUUUCAUUUCCUGCUAAUUUAGCUUGACUGAUUGUGCAUUUCUGGGCUGAUGCUCUGCACUGAUUCCAGGCUGGAGCCUCUCCCUGUCCCCGUUUCCUGGUUUAGCCAAAUCCCUGCAUGGAAAAGGGAAUUCACUGGAAGCACCAAUUUGCUCCUCAGGAAGGUGGGGAAGGGGCAGAAGGGGGAGGUUGAUGCCUUAGAACACUGUGAGGUCAUUAACAAUCAGCAACAGCUGAAAAAUUGAAAGCUUUUAAUUAAAAACAUGAAAAUCA